AUGCCUCGAUAUAUCACAGUCGCUGCGGCACAAGUUGGUGCGGUACAUAGGUCUAGCAGCCGUACCGAGGUUUUGACUCGACUUCUCACUCUUCUCGAAGAAGCGGGGGAGAAAGGAGUAAAAGUUUUGGUAUACCCCGAGACGACUUUGACCACUUUCUUUCCCAGAUACAAGGGAUUGGAUGAAGAUUCGGCCGAGCUUGACAGGUGGUUCGAGUAUGGUGACAUUACCAAAAACCCACAGGUCUCGCCCCUGAUUGUUCGUGCCCAAGCCUUGGGGAUUGACAUUGUCAUCGGUUACGGGGAGAGAACCGUUGACGGACAUUACUACAAUUCUUGUUCGUAUCUCCACGACGGAGUUGGAGUAUCUAAGUACCGUAAGGUCCACUUGCCGGGUAACCGAGAGCCUUAUGAGGAUGAGGACAUGGUCGAUCAGUUAGAGAAAAGAUAUUUCGAGCCGGGGACCUAUGGCUUCAAGGCUUUCCGGGUUCCUGAAUUGGCAGUCACAGCAGAAGAUGGAGAAGCUAUAGCUGGAAUGAUGAUCUGUAAUGAUCGACGUUGGGCUGCUGAUCAAAUCAGCUUCGGACAUACCAAAGACGCCGAUGUCGACGCUAUACGUACUCGUUCUGAAUUCCAACAUCUCUUGGUCAUGCAAGCGCAUUCAUACACCAACGCUACUUUCUCCAUCGCAGCCGCGCGGGCCGGCUUCGAUGAUGGCAAGUUUGGCCUGAUUGGGUGUUCUUGUAUUGUCCACCCCGAGGGUCACAUCUUGGCUCAGUCUAGAACGCUUGAUGACGAACUGGUCAUAGCGAAGAUCGAUCUUGAUGACGCCAAGGUGGGGAAACAGAAAGUCUUCAAUUUCGGUCUUCAUCGUCAGCCUCAUCAAUACCAGAUCAUCACCCAGCAGACAGGUGUUAUUGUUCCCGCACCUCUCAAGUAG